AUUUUUUUAUUCGUAUAUAGGCGAUGAGUUUGAAAACACACAUACAUACAUCUCUACGUUGAAGUGGCAACGUAAAAAAGUUCUUUCAUUUCAAAUAACUAAUGUUUGGUGAUAUUUCACAGAAAAAUUUAAAAUGCCCAUUUCUCUAAUCUACAUUAUUUUAUUACCUUUAGUAUUUUAUCUCAUAAAUAAGAUAUAUGCAUUAUACAUUUAUAUCAAAAACUAUGUAAUUGUGCAAAAGUUACCAGGACCUCCCAGGGGUGGCAUCAUAAUGGGGAAUUCAGCAGGCUUUGGAAAGACGGCAGAAGCGGUGUUUCAAAGCGUCACUCAAGCUGCAAAAGAAUUUUAUCCAAUUUAUUCGGUAUAUGCAGUACAUUUAACUUCAGUCUGCAUUCUCUCGCCAGAAGAUUGCGAGUUAGUACUCUCUAAUCCCAUUCACAACGAAAAAGGAUUUAUUUACAAACUAAUUCAAAAAUGGCUACAAUUUGGACUUUUAACUAGCUUUGGGGCGAAAUGGCAAACUAGAAGAAGAAUUCUAACACCAGCCUUCCACUUCAGUAUUCUUCAACAGUUUGUUUCGGUUUUCAAUGAACAAGCAGAACAACUCGUAGAAAUACUGAGUGAAGAAUGUAGCAAAUCAUACGUCAAAGUGAAUUCCGUUUUAGCGCAGUUCACCUUAAAAACAAUAUCUGAAACAGCGAUGGGUAUCAAACUCGAGUUUAAAAAUAAAAAAGAUCAAGCUUAUAAAAAAGCGGUUCAUGAUAUUGGCGAAAUGUUUGCUUAUAGAGUCAUACAUCCAUGGUGUUUCGGAGAGAUUGGUAAUCUUAUAUUCAAUUCUUCAUUCUUUAAAGAACGUAAGACUGUAAAAAUUUUGCACGAAUUUACUAGAGAGGUGAUUGAGGAGAAAGAGAAAAACUUCGUGGAUACUGAUUUACCGAAAGAAGAGCAUGACGUGUAUAAAGGAAAAAAGAGGUUAGCUAUGUUAGAUCUUCUACUAUCGGCCAAAAAAAAUGAAGGAAUUAUUGACAACGAGGGUAUCAGAGAAGAAGUUGACACUUUUAUGUUUGAAGGACAUGAUACAACAACUACGGCUCUAAGUUUCAUGUUGAUGCUUCUAGCCAAUAAUAAAGAUGUGCAAGAAUGCAUCUACUCCGAAUUGGUUGAAAUUUUUGGAGACUUGAAUAAAAAACCGACUUACAACGAACUGCAAAAUUUGAAAUAUUUGGAGCGUUGCAUUAAAGAGAGUCUUCGGUUGUAUCCUAGCGUCUUUUUCAUUUCUAGAAAUUUAGGAGAAGAUUUAAAAACGGCAAGUGGAUAUUUACUUCCCAAGGGUACUCAAGUAUUCGUGCACAUUUAUGCGAUGCAUCGAAAUCCCGAUCUUUAUCCUGAUCCUGAAAAAUUCGACCCUGACAGAUUCCUGCCAGAGAAUUGUCAACACAGACAUCCUUACACAUAUAUACCAUUCAGUGCGGGAUCACGAAAUUGCAUUGGACAAAAAUUUGCCAUUUUAGAGAUGAAGGUUGCUCUGUGCGCCAUUUUGAGAAAAUUUUUCUUAGAACCAGUCGAUACUCCACAAUCUAUUGUCCCUAUUGUAGACAUUAUUCUCAGAACUAAGGAUGAGAUUAAAGUAAAAUUUGUUCCACGUGAUUAAUAAUAAUCUUUAAUAUCCUAAUCAAUUUUGUACAUUAGUUGUAGGAACACUGAAAUAGGGAAAUAAAUAUUUAUAU